UCACAAAAACCCAAUAACAAGAUUCUCAUCCGACGUGGCAUCGUAUAACCAAUAGCAGAUGAGUCAGACAUAGAAAGAGCUUAUUCAUUGUUUUGGGUGGCUUAGCACACCGCCAUGGCUGCAGCUUCCGCUUCUGCGUUUCGCUUACUACCUUCUUCCUUCCAAUCCAAAACCCAUAAAAACUAUCACCCAACCCCCAAUUCAUUCAACCUCCGGUUCCCUCGCCGUCACACGACCCUAUGCGUUUCCAUCUCUAACACUAAUGUCCGAACAAACCCUAAUGAUCUCGUUGCUUCCCUUCUUUCAAAGGUGGUGCAAACCGAUGGAGGAGUUUUACUGCAAAAGGAAGAACAUAAAGAGGUGGCUGAAGUUGUCCAGGAAUUGCAGAAGUAUUGUGUGAAAGAGCCAGUAAAAUGCCCUUUAAUAUUUGGAGAUUGGGAUGUGGUGUACUGUUCGCAGCCAACGUCACCUGGAGGUGGGUAUAGGAGUGCAAUUGGCCGAGUUUUCUUCAAAACAAAGGAAAUGGUUCAGGUUGUUGAAGCUCCUGAUAUUGUGAGAAACAAGAUCUCAUUUACUGCUUUAGGAUUUUUAAAUGGUGAAGUUUCUCUAAAAGGAAAACUCAAGGCUUUAGAUAGUGAAUGGAUUCAAGUUGUAUUUGAAGCACCUGAAUUGAAGUUAGGAUCAUGGAAAGCACAAUAUGGAGGUCAGAGUGAAGUUAAACUCCGAAUUACUUAUGUAGAUGAAAAAAUCAGGUUAGGAUUGGGAUCAAGAGGUUCCCUAUUUGUUUUUCAAAGAAUAUGAAGUUGAAUUGAAAUCAAAAUUCUCUUCAAGAAAAUUCUGGCAAGUUUGUACCUUGGCACUUUGCUAAAGUUCAUGUAUAAUAUGAUUGAGUGUAUAUUUUGUUAUAACUUAAAAAGAAAAAAGAAACUUUCCUAGACA